AUGUGUAAUUGUUUUGCAGGUCUUUGUCAAUAUUUAAUAUUAUUACCAAAUACAAACUGGCAAAGAUUAAUAAUACGUACGAGAACAAAAUUAAUCAUUAUAUUAACAGCUAUUAUUUAUUUAUUAAUAUUUAUUCUAAUGCCAAUAUAUUAUACGAAUUUUCAAUCAUCAACAUUAACAUUUAUUUGUAAAAGUUCAUAUGAAAUAAUAAAUAUAUACAGUAGUUAUUGGAUAAUGAUUGGUUAUUAUUUUCUUCCAGCUUUAUUAACAUUAAUAUUAUUCAUGUUAAUAUGGUAUAAUUUUAAACAAUUUUUACGACGUCGUCAUUCUAUAGAAGGUAUUGUAACUCGUAGGAUGCUUAUACAACUUAGUUGUAUAUUAAUAAGUGGAAUUCCAGCUGGAAUAUUUGUUUAUUAUAUAAUGACAACACAACCAAUUAAUAAAACACGUUUAAGAGCAAGUUAUGAAUUUCUUAUUUUAGUUAUUCUUACACUAUGUACUUUUUUGUCAAAUGGAAUAUCGUUUUGCAUUUAUUUGUUUCCUUCGAAAACAUUUAAAAGAAUUUUUUUUCAAAGGAAAAUUUUUUAAAAAUCGAAUUAAACCAAUUUCUUCUCCAACAACAAUAAAUACAUUUUUGUCAAUUUAUUUAUUAUUAACAAAGAUACAUCAUUAGUUUCCAUAAAGACUAUUUAUCUAUGUUAGAUUUUAUAUUAGAAAUAUUUAUGAAAUAAAUUAAAUAUAUUAAUGGGUGACAAUGAAAAAGUUUCUUUAAACAUAUCUUGGAUUCGAAAUAGAAAUAAGACAUUAUCAUAGUCAUAGCUUUCUCAAAUAACUGAAGGAUAAAUAGAAGAGAAUAAAUAAAAAGUUCAAGUUUCAGUAUAAUAAGUGAUAUUUCAGUCUAACACUGAUCAUGUAUACAAUUCUGCACUACUAAAAUAGUCAAAGUCACGUCCACCAGCAACUAAGACCCUUCCGUUGCCCAGCAUCGAUGCUGUGUGAUAGUAUCGUGCAAAACUCAUGUUGCCAGUCUUUGUCCACACUCCUGUUGCUGGAUCGUAGAAUUCGGCACUAUUCAAGGGGUCUUCGUAGAAUUCGGCAUUAUUCAAGGGGUCAUUGUAGUUCGCUCCACCAGCAACUAAGACUCUUCCAUUGCUUAGUAUCGAUGCUGUGUGGGACGCUCGUACAAUACUCAUGUUGCCAGUCUUUGUCCACACUCCUGUUGCUGAAUCGUAGAGCUCUGCACUAUUCGAAUAACCAUUGAUGUAGUUAUAUCCACCAGCAACUAAGACUUUUCCAUUGCCCAGCAUCGAUGCUGUGUGAGACGCUCGUGCAAUACUCAUGUUGCCAGUCUUUGUCCACACUCCUGUUGCUGAAUCGUAGAGUUCUGUACUAUUCGAAUAACCAUUGAUGUCGCUAUAUCCACCAGUAACUAAGACUUUUCCAUUGCCCAGUAUCAAUGCAGUGUGAUCGUAUCGUACAAAAUUCAUGUUGCCAGUCUUUGCCCACACUUCUGUUGCUGGAUCGUAGAGUUCUGCACUAUUCGAGUAGCCAUCGUAGUUAUAUCCACCAGCAACUAAGACUUUUCCAUUGCUUAGCAUCGAUGCAGUGUGACCGUAUCGUUCAAAAUUCAUGUUGCCAGUAUU